CACAUUCUUGGGCGCCUCGUCACUUCCCCUGAGCUGGCGGUCUCUGCGGCUCACCGAGCGAACUCACUGAGCUACGCGGCUGGGCUAUGACCCCAGGGGUGCUGCUGCUGCUGCUGGGGGCGCUGGGGGCGCCGCUCGUCCCGGGCGCCCGCGGAUCGGAGGCAGAGGGCCGACUCCGCGAGAAACUUUUCUCGGGCUAUGAUAGCUCGGUGCGGCCAGCGCGGGAGGUGGGAGACCGCGUCGGGGUCAGCAUUGGUCUCAGCCUGGCGCAACUCAUCAGCCUGAACGAGAAGGAUGAGGAGAUGAGCACAAAGGUGUACUUAGACCUGGAGUGGACUGACUACAGGCUGAGCUGGGACCCUGCAGAGCACGAGGGCAUCGAUUCACUCCGCAUCACUGCAGAAUCCGUAUGGCUACCAGAUGUGGUGCUCCUAAACAACAACGACGGAAAUUUUGACGUUGCUCUGGACAUAAACGUCGUGGUGUCCUCCGAUGGCUCCGUGCGCUGGCAACCCCCGGGCAUCUAUCGAAGCAGCUGCAGCAUCCAGGUCACCUACUUCCCCUUUGACUGGCAGAACUGUACCAUGGUGUUCAGUUCCUAUAGCUAUGACAGCUCAGAGGUCAGCCUGCAGACUGGCUCGGGUCCCAAUGCGCAGGAGCAGCAGGAAGUGCACAUUCACGAAGGUACCUUCAUUGAGAAUGGCCAAUGGGAGAUAAUCCACAAACCUUCUCGGCUAAUCCAGCAUCCGGUGGAUCCUCGGGGAGGGGGGGAAGGACAGCGUGAAGAAGUCACCUUCUACCUCAUCAUUCGCCGGAAGCCUCUCUUCUACCUGGUCAACGUCAUUGCCCCAUGUAUCCUCAUCACUCUCCUGGCCAUCUUCGUUUUCUACCUGCCACCAGAUGCAGGAGAGAAGAUGGGGCUCUCGAUCUUUGCCCUGCUGACCCUUACCGUGUUCCUGCUGCUGCUGGCAGACAAAGUACCUGAGACCUCCCUGUCUGUCCCCAUCAUUAUCAAGUACCUCAUGUUUACCAUGGUCCUCGUCACCUUCUCAGUCAUCCUUAGUGUCGUGGUCCUCAACCUGCACCAUCGCUCACCCCACACCCACCAAAUGCCCCCUUGGGUCCAUCAGAUCUUCAUCCAAAAACUCCCUCUGUACCUGGGAUUGAAAAGGCCCAAACCUGAGAGAGACCAGAUGCGGAAGCUGCCACCUGUAGCCCCCAGGGAUUCUCCAGGAAGUGGCUGGGGUCGGGGAACAGACGAAUAUUUCAUCCGGAAGCCACCGAGUGACUUUCUCUUCCCCAAACCCAACAGGUUCCAGCCUGAUCUGCCCGCCCCAGACCUGCGGCGAUUUACUGAUGGUCCAAGCCGGGCUGUGGGCCUGCCCCCUGAGCUACGGGAGGUCGUUUCCUCCAUCAGCUACAUCGCUCGACAGCUGCAGGAACAGGAGGACCACGACGCGCUGAAGGAAGACUGGCAGUUUGUGGCUAUGGUAGUGGACCGUCUCUUCCUCUGGACCUUCAUCAUCUUCACCAGCGUCGGGACCCUCGUCAUCUUCCUGGACGCCACGUACCACUUGCCGCCUCCUGACCCAUUUCCUUGAGAACGGAGGGUCAAGACUCAGGUCCUGGGCAAACUGAAUCCAGAGUUCGGUAGUAGUCUCAAACCUUAUCCCUUUUUGCUUCUUCACUCCUUCACUAGGAAUCUAAUCCUCUCAUCAUUUCGUUUCUGGGGAGAGAGCCGAAGUGGGACUGGGCAGGAGGACGCCUGGGGCCCACCAGAACGCACUAUCAGGUUAUUUACUCUUUGGCUUCUUGAAGAAGCUCCUUUGGACAUCAACACCUAGGCUCGCAGUAAAAUGGAACAAAGAACAAGAACUAGACUGUAAGCCUUAUGAGGGCAGGAACUAUAUCUUGUUCACUGUAAUGUCUCCAGCACCUAGCACAGGUCCUGACCUAUAAUAGAUGCUUAACAUUUGUCGAAUGAAUAGAGAAAAUUUUUUUCUGGAAGGAAAUACACCAAUUAGUAGUGCUUAUGUUUGCAUGUUGGGACUAGUGGUCAUUUUUCCUUUAUUUUUACCUUUCUUUAACUUAUGUUUUGUAAUAAGUAGUAUCUUUAGGAUUAAAAAAAGGUUAUUUAUAAAAGGAUGCAUUUGUAAUGAGAAAAAAAAAGUGCACUUUAAAAACAUUCAAGUUCCAGCUUUGGUGGCUCAAACGUCAGACAAGCUACUAAACUGCUCUGUGCCUAAGUUUUCAUAUCUGAAAAAUGAAGUUAAUAAUAGUAUCUUCCCCCUAGUCUGAGGAUCAUGAGAAGAGGGGAAUAAAAGCACUAUACAGUAUAUAUCAGAGGUUGCAAA